CAGGCUUCGAAGUCUCGCAGGAAGAAACGGCGCCUGUUUGUCAUUGCUGCCUACGCCCCUACAAACCGUAGCACUGAUUCGGUGAAAGCUGAUUUCUAUCAGCGACAUAACGAUCUCCUUCAUUACAGAAGAAGUACGGAUACUGUGGUGUUGGUUGGCGAUCUAAACGCCCAUCUGGGCAUCCAGGCUCUCGUAAUGAUAACGCCUACAAGUCUGCUACAACCUGCGUUUGUGUUAAGUUCGAAAAUCCUCCUACUCCUCGACCGGACCGUGAUCGUUGAUCUCGGAUCAGUUGCUUUCUCAAAGGAUGUUAUUCUUCGAAAUGCUGCGCUGUUGAAAUGUCGUGUUCUGCCAUAGCUUCUGAAUUUUCGGCUCAGAAAUUUCGGCUGGUUGUAGAUACUCCAUCUAUCUUUGGCGUUUGGCGGCACACAUGCUGUGGCGUCGGCCGAAGUUACUAUGUUUACCGAGUACUCUUUGCUUCCUUGAUAUUUUUAUUAACUGCACUGGACUUUCUUUGGAUUAUUGGUUUCGACGGAGCUGGAGACCUCGACCGAAUUUCCGCCUGUUUAGAUGGUGUACAACUAACCUUGGUUGCCCUGACUUUCGCAUAUGCCCUCCUGGCUCACAGCGCCGCGAGUUUUUGGUUCGCUCGUGCACUUCCAAUUGAUAAACGAAUCGUACCAUACAAAUGUGCUUGGCUACUCUACACGUGCAGCACCAAUGCUGUCUUCGUGUGCAUGAUUGUGUUUUGGGCAUCUGGUGGUUCGAAUUCGACUUUGGAACAACAGUUGAAGAACAGCAUUCCUGGUUGCCUUGUUCUCUUGGAUUUGUGCCUGACAAGUGUGCCCUUCUACUUCUGUCAUUUCAUCUACGUUAUACUGUUCUAUUUCUUUUAUCUUUCUGUGGCCGCCCUAAUAAUGCUUCUCGCGUACACUUUUGGGUUAGCGGACAAGAAUCUCUCUGCUCCAUCCACUCCCACUGCAUUGAUCGCCGGUUACCCCCUUUUGCCUAAGGGUUACGAAGACUUCUCCAACGUGCACCACAUCAUGAUCACCCUGGUCGGCUGCAUAUCACUUGCCCUCAUCGUUCAUUCCAUUCUGUUGUGUAUAAUCACGAUUCGUGACUUCUUUUCUAGUCUGUUUCACGUGAGUACGGACAGUUUACUCGAAAUUCAACCACUUCUCAGCGCUGAUGACCCGUACACGAAUUCGUUCACCACUGCAUCCACGCCAGGCGCUAUUUCAAAUAACGGAGCAACAAGUUCAGCAAAUGGACCUGGGCCUACGUUCAAUCCUUCACCAAGUAAGGAAGGAUAGUGGAUCUAAUGCAUUAUGGCUCCACACAACUGUUCAAUAUCUCGCCGUUACCUUUACCCACCAGAAGCCGCUUUGUUCAUUGUCACUUUUCUCGGUUGGCUGAGGCAUUAUCAGCAUUCUGCCCUUUUUUGUCCUGUCAUUUUUUUCUAUUGUCACCUUUUUAUCAACUGCUUUUCAGAACCGUCUUAGUCCAUAUUCAUUUUAGCCCAUUUCCCUUUGUAAUCAUAACUAACUACAAAUCGCAUUAUUCGCCACGUAUUCUUCUUCACGCUAACCAGGCUUGAAAUGCUGCGACAUUUUAGUUAUCUUCCAUUUAGUCUUCGUUUGUGGCAGUCCGUUCUCUGUUGACUGCAUAAAAACCCCGGUGAACCAAAAUUAAGCGCAG